AUUCCUCAGCGCUCUCUCACACUCCUCUACGGCCACGACUCCGGGGGUGGGGAAACAGAGCGUCGGCUUCCUUCCCAAAGAAGCCGUGGAGGUUCCUUCUCACAACUCUCAAAGAAGGGGAAAGGGGUGUGAGACCCAACCAGAACCCCAACUCCAACUCCGCACACGAGGUGGCUGCUCCGCACGGCACACCAGGGGGGCCCACUGGUUUCCGGGUCUCUUUCUCCUUUCUCCCUUCCCUCUGCCCCUUUCCUCCUCUCCCGCAAACAUGUCCACCGGCUCCCUCAGCGACGUGGAGGACCUCCAAGAGGUGGAGAUGCUGGACUGCGACGGGCUGAAAAUGGACUCGAACAAGGAGUUUGUGACUUCCAACGAGAGCACCGAGGAGAGCUCCAACUGCGAGACUGGGUCUCCCCAGAAGGGCCGCGGCGGCCUAGGCAAGAGGAGGAAGGCGCCCACCAAGAAAAGCCCCCUGAGCGGGGUCAGCCAGGAGGGGAAGCAGGUCCAGCGCAACGCAGCCAACGCGCGCGAGCGGGCCCGGAUGCGGGUGCUGAGCAAGGCCUUCUCCAGGCUCAAGACCACCCUGCCCUGGGUGCCCCCGGACACCAAGCUCUCCAAGCUGGACACGCUCAGGCUGGCGUCCAGCUACAUCGCCCACCUGAGGCAGAUCCUGGCUAACGACAAGUACGAAAACGGUUACAUCCACCCGGUCAACCUGACGUGGCCCUUUAUGGUGGCCGGGAAACCCGAGAGUGACCUAAAAGAAGUGGUGACCGCGAGCCGCUUGUGUGGAACCACAGCGUCCUGACCUUGGAGGUGCGAGUCUGGGAAAGGCGUGCUCCCCGGGAAAACGGCCCGGGAAGGCGACCCCUGCCCUCCCUGCUCUCUGCCUCUGCUUCCCCCGCCAAGCUCCUCUCUCUGUCCCACCCCGCGAGAACACUUUACAGCGACGAGGAGAUUCGUUUCCAAACCAGAGGAGAUCCAUUGUACUUACAAAGACUCCCAUCUAUUUAACUUUAUUAAUUUGUACGUGAAUGACUCUGCGAGCCUUGCUGGUCCAAGUGCAAUAUGUAAUUAUAAAUAUAUGACUAGAUGAGAAGAGCCUAUCAGUCUGUAUCUGUUGUACAGUAUGUUGUAAAGUGUAGAUCAUAGAAUAGCUGACUUUAACAGUCACAUUUAUAAAGUAAUUCACUUAAAGAUAUAUAUUUUUUCAAACAAGUUUUGCUACUUUCAAAAAUAAAUCUUUCUUUAUAUUGCUAAAAGCCCUGA